CCGGACUGGGCGCGACCCGGCCCAGUGUAGGCACAGGAGCGGGCGGAGCCGAUCGCCGGCAAUGCUGAGGCUGACGGCCGCCGGGGCCCGAGCCAUCGUGGACAUGUCGUACGCCCGUCACUUCCUGGACUUCCAGGGCUCCGCCAUCCCCCGAACCAUGCAGAAGCUGGUGGUGACCCGGCUGAGCCCUAACUUCCACGAGGCCGUCACCCUGCGCCGGGACUGCCCAGUGCCGCUCCCCGGGGACGGAGACCUCCUCGUCCGGAACCGAUUCGUUGGUAUUAACGCAUCUGACAUCAACUAUUCAGCUGGCCGCUACGACCCAUCUGUGAAGCCCCCCUUUGACAUAGGUUUUGAAGGGAUUGGUGAGGUGGUGGCCUUAGGCCUCUCUGCCAGUGCUAGAUACACAGUGGGCCAGCCUGUGGCUUAUGUGGCUCCUGGUUCCUUUGCUGAGUAUACAGUGGUGCCUGCUAGCAUUGCAAUUCCCGUGCCUUCAGUGAAACCUGAGUAUCUCACCAUGCUGGUUAGUGGCACCACUGCAUACAUCAGUCUGAAAGAGCUUGGAGAGUUGUCAGAAGGGAAGAAAGUUCUGGUUACAGCAGCUGCUGGGGGCACAGGCCAGUUUGCUGUGCAGCUUUCAAAGAUAGCCAAGUGCCACGUUAUCGGAACCUGCUCCUCAGAUGAAAAGUCAGCUUUUCUGAAAUCUGUGGGGUGCGAUCGGCCCAUCAACUACAGAACAGAGCCUGUGGAGACAGUUCUGAAGCAGGAGUACCCUGAAGGUGUUGAUGUAGUCUAUGAGUCUGUUGGGGGAACCAUGUUUGACCUGGCUGUCGAUGCCUUGGCCACCAAUGGGCGCUUGAUAAUAAUUGGGUUUAUCUCUGGCUAUCAAAGUCCUACAGGACUUUCACCAGUAAAAGCGGGAGCUUUGCCAGCCAAGCUCCUGAAGAAGUCGGCCAGCCUCAGGGGUUUCUUUCUGAACCACUACUUCUCCAAGUACCAGGCUGCCAUGGAACACUUGCUGGAGCUGUAUACUCGUGGGGACCUGGUGUGUGAAGUGGACCUGGGACAUCUGGCUCCUGAUGGAAGGUUCAUUGGCCUGGAGUCCAUAUUUCAGGCUGUUGACUAUAUGUACACAGGGAAAAAUAUCGGGAAACUUGUUGUUGAAUUGCCGCACCCUGUCAGCAGUAAGCUGUGACCACCAGAACAGUGACAUAAACCAAAGGAGAGAGAUGAAUUAUCCAUACCUUGGAAUGAACUUAAUAUUCCUUAAAAGCAAAAGUGUAGUGUUAAUGAAUCCCCCCUUCCUUGGGGGUAAAAGUAAUGUGCCUCAAUAAAAGUUCUCUCUAUAGCUAAGAGGUAAAACGUUUACAUUCGAGUCUUUAGUCAUGGACGGUCUCGUUCCAGAUUUUAUUGUUCCAGGGAAGUAAAUUAAUUCCUGAUGUGAGACCUGAUCGAGUCAGUAUGUCCCCAUCUUGAUGAGAUUUUUAAAUCAGUCUUCAGAUAGCUCACCGAGUCUGCUUUGCAUUGGAAGCAGCUGCUCUUGUGUUAAGGACUUAACAGGUGAGAAGGCAGUACUGGCUGGCCUUGUCUUUUCACAGGCAGUAUGCUUAGGAAGGAGCCUUUUCCCCCUCUAAAUCACUAGCCAACCAUCCAAAUAGACAUUUGGGAGAGAAUUCUCCAAAUUUAAUCUUGUUAAGUUAUUGGAAAAGUGAUUGAGCAAACAGACGUGUCUUAAGGACGUAUAUACUGCCUGAUGGCCUGAAUUCACAUCCUGGUUAGACUGUCUGUGAAAAAAAAAAGCUCCUGUUCUAGGAAGAAAUUACUAUUAGAAACAGAGUAGGUUUUGGAAGAGAAAGCUGUAGCUUGAAAACUAAUGUGGACAGAGGAAUAAGAAAACUCCGUGCCUCUUCAGUAAAAGGCUCACAUAAUGCAAAUACAGGGAUCAUAGAAGGGGGCUCACUCUGGCAUGUGAAGGGUUAAAAGGAGCACUUCCUGUCCCCAAGGAACAAAUGUCACAUAGCUCCAAACACAGUAGGCAACCAGGUCAUCUAAAACCAUAUCCAUUUGCUUCUCCUCAGAGGCUCGGUGUGGAAAGUGCACUUGGUCUCUGGUGGUAGACAUGGAGUGACAGUCAGGUGUCCUGUGUUGCCAUUUUUGCUUCUCGGUGUUUGAGAGAAAUGAGCCACCUGCUCUAGUGUUGUGUUCUGGUGCACACAUGUCUAUCACCCCGCCUGCUGCGUCUCUUCACACCACACCAUAGCUGGUCUGUUUGCCUUUCACCUUAGGUAUCCAAAGGGUGCCUGCCACUUUUGUAGUGGAAUCAAAACCCCACAGUGCCUUCCUAAUCGAAAGUGAAGGCUGUCGGAUUAUUUUUCAGUCUUGGGUUUCAGUACAUCAAACGUUCUCAAUGGAUGGGGAUGCAAUUAGGAUCGAGAGAAUCGGGGGAGCAGGUUUAAUUCUUUCCUUGCAUCUGGGGAGCAGAGAGAUCCUGUUUCCGAAUAGCUGUUAGUAUCUAUUUUACAAGAUUUACUCAUUUCCAGGUACCUAAUGUAGCUGCUAGCAUGCACGCACAACAAUACAAUUUAUAUGGUAAAUGGAACCAAAUAAUGGCUUCACUGAAUGUUAUGGCCGCACUGAAGGGAAAUGUCACGGUAAAUAGCUGCCAAAUUAUGGAUCAUGCCGAAGUGUCACAACUGCACUAAAGACAAAUAGCACUAGAGCCUAUUGCCACUGUGAUGCUUUUGAGUUAUGAAGAAGGGUGGCAGUCUGAGCAGAGUUCUUUGUGUCCUCGUCACAGCAGAGGGCUGUCGGUGCAGGGGACAAGAAAGGCUCUUCCAGUGUGGUGCUUAGUUAUUAAUCUGUCCCUUUUAGGCCUAGCAACUGUAACAGGAGAGACCUCGCUGGCUCUCUUGUAUACAAACAUAACAAACAGAGGGGAGGGAAGGCUUUAUGAAUGUCAGUAUGCUCAGGAAAUGACUGGUAAUGGAAAAAAUGUUGUAAUAAAAUAAUCUAAUCAAAGACUAUUAUUAAAUUUAACAUAGUAUAUGUCUGAAAGGCUUAGUUGCUUGCUAUGCAGAUAGAUGUGUGAAAUCUCACUGAUAAUGCUCUCUCCCUCUGAAAAGGCUUGAGGACUGAGGACAUUACCAGCUAAAUUGCCUCUUCUGAACUGAAGUGAGUCCCGGUUUCCUUCAUUUUAAUGGGAGGGUAAUAAAGAUGAAAGACCAACAUUUUGUCUGAUGGAUCCCUUAAGCUAUGGAAUAAAAAUGUAUUAUGUUUUGAGGGAAUAUACUAUAUUCAGAUAUGUAAAAGUAAAAUUCUCACACCCAGGUUUAAAAUAAAACAUAAAAAAAAAAAA